UUGAAGCCCGGCGUCGAGACCUUCAAGGGAACCGUUAAGAGCGUGGUCCGACCGGUUUACGAUCAAUAUCAUGGUGUCCCCGUUGAGCUCCUUAAAUUCGUUGAUACCAAGCUUGAUGAAUCUGUAACCAAGCUUGAUCGUCGAGUCCAGCCGGUCAUCAAACAGGUCUCCUCCGAAGCCAUCUUGGCCGCCAAAAAGGCUCCCGAGGUGGCUCACAGCGUGGCUUCCGAUGUCCGUCAGGCGCCAUGCCGGGGUGGAAAACACGGCCUCAGGAUAUGCAAAUCCGUGUACGCCGAGUACGAACCCACAACAAAAGAGCCUUAUGCAAAGUGUGAAUCCAAAGCCGAACAAUGCGCGGUUUCAGCUUGGCGUAGACUCAGUGAACUCCCUCUCUUCCCUCAUGUCGCGUCCGUUGUCGUCCCGACAGCGGCAUAUUGCACCGACAAGUAUAACAGGAUGGUGGUCGGCGGUGCAGAGAAAGGGUACAAGGUUGCCUCCUCGUAUUUGCCCUUCCUACUGAGAAGAUUGCCAAAGUUUUCAGUGAGCAGAGGAAUGAAAUGGAGCCAUUGAUUUCCGAGAGUUAAUUUGCUAUGUUUAUGUUUUAUUUUAUUAUAAAUAUUUAUAAUA